CUCUCUCUCUCUCUCUCUCUCUCUCUCUCUCUCACACACACACACACACACACACACACACAUUACUCACUCUCCUCCAUCUUCUACUGCGUUAAAAGACAAGAAGAAAAAAGAAACUCCAAUGGAGAACACCCCAGAACUCAUCCAAACAGGGCACUACUACUACUACAACACCACCACCCAAUUCAGUGCACCCGAAAAGAGCCACACCGAAACGAAGCCCGCUGCCGAACAUUUCGCCGUCGAGGACCUCCUCGACUUUCCGAACGACGAUGUUUCGUUCGCCAACGGCACGCUAGACACCUUCACCACCGGAAACUCCACUGAUUCCCCCACCGUCACCAUCGACUCCUCAUUCUCCGGCGGCGAGCCUCACUUCUCCAGCUGCGACAUUGCCUGCCGGAGCUUUGCUGAUCCUCAGUUUUCUAGUGACCUCUGUGUCCCGUAUCACGAUGAUCUCGCUGAGCUGGAGUGGCUGUCCAAUUUCGUCGAGGAAUCAUUUUCAAGCGAGGAAUUGCGAAAGCUGCAGAUAAUAUCUGGCGUGAAUGCCCAACCCGACGAAGAAUCCGAAACCCAUGGAUUCGAGCCUGAGCAAGAAAGCCGAAACAGCCCGAAAUUCCACCCGGAGCUACCCGUGCCCGGGAAAGCCCGAAGCAAGCGCUCACGCGCCGCCCCAUGCAAUUGGGCAUCCCGCCUCUCGGUCCUCUCUCCCGACACCACAUCAGCAUCGAAAAAGAGAGAAGGCGAAGACCUGGAGGCGGCCGCCCGAGAUCUCCACAUGGACGGGCGGAAGUGCCUGCAUUGUGCCACGGACAAGACCCCUCAGUGGCGGACCGGGCCCAUGGGCCCCAAGACGCUUUGCAAUGCCUGCGGGGUCCGAUACAAGUCGGGCAGGCUUGUGCCGGAGUACCGGCCCGCUGCCAGCCCGACUUUUAUGCUGACGAAGCACUCGAAUUCGCACCGGAAAGUGAUGGAGCUCCGGAGGCAGAAGGAGGUCCAGAUUGCCCCACAACAGCAUCGGCAACAAUUUAUUCAUCAGAACAUGGUUUAUGAUGUAUCCAACGGUGAUGAUUACUUGAUCCACCACAAUAUUGGGCCCGACUAUGGGCAUAUGAUCUAGUGCGUCCCAGUCUACGGUAAUUGGGUGGGAGUCGAGGUUUAGCGGUGAAAUUUUAGCGGUAAUUUUCCAAUUUACUAGGGGUAAUGUUUCCCCAAAAAGCUAAGGAAACCAGCGGGGAAAAAAAACGGUGGAAACCGACGGCCACGGGACCCACACAGGUGAUUCGAUCUAUUCAAUAAAUUUUUUGAAAAAACCCGACUAGGUCUCAUGAAAAAUUGGUUUAAUCCAAUAUGUGUAGAUGUUCAAUCUAAUCUUUUAUUUUUCACGGAUCCGAAAUCGGAAUGAAAAAGAUAGAAGAUUGGAUCGAACACUUAAACAUAAAUAUCGGAUUGAACUGAAUAUUCACUGGACCCACUCAGUUUUCUUUUAAAAAAUUAUUGAACGGCAGAUCAUCCGUGUGGGGCCCGAAAUGGGUUCCGCGUGGCCGUUGAUGCCCCCGUCAGCUUCGAUAGCAGGACUGAAUGUUACCCGACUUUGAAGUUUUGUAGUUUUUUGUUAAGAAAAUUUUGAUGCAAAAAAGAGG